CAGGAGAAAGGGGACCGAGCCGAGCAGGCUGUGGGGGAGGGUCACGUGUGUACACACUGUAGGGCUCAGCAGCACUCCGGCAGUAGUAAAGUCAGUAACGGUCGGCCCCUUUUCAGUCCAUGCCUCGCACGACGCGUUGACAGAUGAAGAGCGACCCAAGAAAAAUCCGCUAAAGCGAUUCUGCUCGCGCUUCCCACUCUCUGUAACGGUUUGAGAGCUCGUGCACAACGAAGAGGACAUUUUUUAUUCUUUCUUUUCAUUUAAUUUCCCCCCGAAACGACUAAAACAUGCCAGUGGAAAUGCUACAUCCUAACCCCAUGCCUCCUUAGGUUUGUCACGGAUCCAAAGCCAGUCGUUUGUGCUCAUCUGUUGAAAGUUGUAGUUUCAGAGCCCAGCGAUGUGGAUCUGCAUGCUUUACAAUGAGACAGAUACCAGCGUGGACCUCCAGCUCUGCAGGGACUUUGGCCUCAUCCUGUCAGUCUUGUCCCUCAUCUACCUCCUGGUGUGCUUCCCUUUGGGGCUGUGCUACAACGUGCUGCUGGUGGUGGUGAACCUCUCCAACAAGGUGUCCUUGACCAUGCCGGACGUGUAUUUUGUCAACAUGGCCAUCGCGGGUCUCGUGCUCAACCUGGUGGCGCCCAUGGAGCUGCUGAGCUCCACCUUCACCCGAUGGCACGUGUGGGAUUACAACAACGAGGUCUACAUCACGCUGCUCAUCCUCUUCAACAUCUCGUCUCUGGUCAUCAUGUACUCCACCACACUUCUCAGUUUGGACUACUACAUCGAGCGAGCGCUGCCGCGCACGUACAUGUCCAGCGUGUACAACACCAAGCACGUGUGCGGUUUCAUCUGGGGGGGCGCCGUGCUGACCAGCUUCUCGUCGCUGCUGUUCUACGUGUGCAAUCACAUCUCGGCGAAGAUGGUGGAAUGCUCCAAAAUGCAGAACAAGGAGGCGGCGGACGCCAUCAUGAUGUUCAUCGGCUAUGUUGUCCCAGCUCUGGCUGUACUCUACGCCUUUGUGCUCAUCCUGCGCAUCAGGAAGGAGUCCACGCCGCUGGAUCAGGAGUCGGCCCGCCUGGACCCGUCUAUACACCGGCUGCUGCUGGCCUCCGUCUGCGUGCAGUUUGUCCUGUGGACCCCAUACUACAUGACCCUUUUGGUGCACACCGUGGCUGUCGUACCCGGAUUUAUCAGCCGUGCACAUUACUUUCCGACGUACAAUUUUGUCAGAUGCGUGGCGAAGCUGCUGGCGUUCUCCAGCAGCUUUGCCACGCCACUCAUGUACAGACAGAUGAACAAAAACUUCUCCGGCAAGCUUCAGCGGCUGCUCAGGAGGCUGCACUUUAGAGACCAGUCCUGCCCUCACGAACACUCAGCGGUGCAGCAAGUAGUGACGUGAGAUCACAGCUUCCACUCCCAACUCUCAGCACAGCCAGCACUUAUCCCCUCCACAGAGCCAGGCUGGGCUUCCUCCACGCUCUGGACUGUGUUAAGAGCGACAUAGCAAACUGUGGAAUUUCCUGUCACUUUCCAGAUCUUCAUCUGAUCUGUGGAGCUUUGCAGUGACAGGGAUCAACCAAGCAAAACCACUAAGUGCUGCUUUUUUUUCUUUCUUUUUUUUGUGUCAGCGUAUAAAGCUCUCAACCAACACACUUCGCCUUCUGGUUCAGAGGUUGUAAAGUGUGUAAAAUCCUCCAAUCAUCAGAGUGGACUUCUGUAAGAGUCCACUCAAACCAGAACAAAAAAGCAAUCUAUCUGUCAAAAGCUAGUUUGCAGGUUCUGCCAUCAAAGUCUUGGAGUGACAGCAGAAGUCGCCCCACAAGCAACGACACAUUUUUUUUUAAAUAUCAAGUGAAAAAUCAACCAUUUUUUUGCUUGGUUUUCAUUUCCUUUAUCUGAGCACUUGAUUGUCUUGUAUUGAUGGAUGUUGUUGAUGUUUAGCUGCUGAACCUUCAUGACUUUCUGCCUCCAUUCUCCUUCCAAACUGGAAAUGUGGGUCAAAAUAUUCCAUUCAGUUCAGUUCUGGCUCACCAAAAUACGUGGAGAUCCGAAGUUUUUAAAAAAUAUUUUAUGAAAGUUGAAAGCAAUUCAUUGGUGGUUCUUUACAUGACGUGUAAAAAAGCGAAAUCUCUGAAGUUAGGGGCCGUCGUGAGGCCAAACUCCAACACAAGGUACAUUUUUUUUCCCCCCACUUUGAAACCAAAACAAAGAUUGUAUUCAGGGUUCAGACAUAACCGGUGUACCUCUUACGAUUUCUGCUGAAAAACAUGAGCUUUUAAUCAUAAGCAGCUUAGAUCCACCCGUUAAGCAGAGCUGACAGCCCAGGGUGGGACCUUGUUAAGUUGUUUUAAACUGAUGAAGAAAGUGUGCGUGGAGAAGCUGACGCAGGAGCAGCCGCCUCCACAAAGACUCUACUGUGAGGCCCUGAGGCGGCGGCGGCGGCGGAGGCACGGACAGGCCUCUCAUCUCACGAGCACCUGAGGGGUCGGGGGGGCUUUGUCUGGUGGAAAUAUUCCGCCUUGAGGUCCAAAUCCUGCGUGGAAAUCUGAAAGCAUAACAAACGCCUGGUAUCAGCGCUGUUCCAUGCAGGAACUCUAAUGCUGCUCACAUGCAUCAAAGUAACAAAUGAGCUUUUUCAGCAGAUUUACAACAUGUUAAUGAUACAUUGCACAAUCUGUCACUGCAUGAAAAUGAUGAUUUUUGAUCAAAAGGGCCGUUUUCCUCAAUAUUGUGUCAACGUAAACCUGGCAGAUGGGGCAUUUUUGCAGGUGUUAGUGGUGUAAAACCCCAAUAAGAAACAACUGCAGAUGAGUUUAAUUUAUGUUUCCAAAUAUAAAUGAUUCAGUCUUUAUGCUUUAAAGUCACAAAGACUAAUUUGAUCCUUAUUUAUUAUUGCCAAUCUGAAGACAAAGCCCUCGUGCACAUUCCUUUUUUUCUUUUCUUUGUUUGCUUUACGAAUGUUCAUUUUUCUAAUUUUUUUUUUUCCAAAUCUGAAAGCGAAUGAGUUUAAUUUUUGCAGGACAGCAUCAUUAUUUCCUCUGGAGGAAGCGUUCUGCUCGGGCUGUUUACAUUUCCAAACGCAGCAUCCUCUUUCCCUCAAAAGCCCCUGACAGAGUUAAUCAUUGAGCUCAGACCGAAGUCCAAAUGCCCACUUGAACAUUUAGAAAAUAAAAAUCGACCGUUUGAGCUAAGCUGCAUCAAUCUCAGUUUGAACAAAACAAAUGUGAAGAACAGGUUUUAUGAGCAUUUUAAGCUCUGAACUGAUCAUCCUUAAGGCACUUAUGCAGAAAGCUCAGUUUCAUGAAAGUGACUGAUCGUUGUGUGACAUUUGAUUCUGCUUUCCUGUCAUCUGUGUGAUAUGGAAGCUUUGUGAAGUGGAGCUGCUGCACAAAAUUCCACCUUGAGACGAAGGCAUCCCCCCGUUUGUCUGCUUCCAAGGGUUUCCUCACAUUAUCUCCUACCUUCUUGCAGUGACUGAACUUAAAAUCUGUGUUAGAAGUGAUGCCUUUUUUUGUUUGCAUACAAGAGUUCUGUAUAAAAAAAUGUAAAUAUUGUUUCUGAGAGAAUUUCUUAAAAAUCUUAUGCUCUAUUAAAAAAAAUACAGUAUUUUUGGAGAGAAACCCUUUAAUGUACUGUCAGCUGAGUCUAAGCCUGAUUAAAAAAAAAAACAACUAA